CGUACGAAGAGUUGAAAUGAGUGUCCAAGUCACAAGUAGUUUCCAACUCUGCCCAGUUACACUGUUCAUCAACUCGAUGACCUACGGAAUACAUGUAUUAUUAUAUUGUAUUUUAUGUAGGUAGACGUACGACUGUAUGGUUGCAAGUAUGUAUAUGUACAUCUGGUAAACACAGCAGAUAGACGACAACCCUACUAUACCAAAACCUGCCUUGGAUUAUAGCAACUGGAUACCUAUUUUGAUACCGUACAACUUGACUCUUCAAUGGAUGAUCGUGGUAAUAUACGCUGAGUAAAAUAUGUAUAUAUAUAUAUAUAUAUACGAUGACAGUCCUUGAAUUUUACACGAAAAGCCUCGGGGAAGCCAUGGUAGAAGCUUGCGUGCGUUUAAACUUCAUAUUGAAUGAUUACGUCGAAAUUGCGUGGGGCUGAAAAACUUUUUUAUGUAGGUCGUAGGAGUAAGGAAAAAAAAUAAUAAAACAAAAGUACAAAGACGUCUAUUUAAAUGAAAAGUAAAUAUAAAUGACAAAGAUGAUAGAGUUGAUAACACGAAUGUACACAGCUAGGAGCAAUGUGUAUAUUUAAUUAUGCUAUGGAUGAAGCUAUAAAAAGGAUAACAGACAUAUAAAACGUGCGUGUAUGAAUAUGGUGGCAAAAGUUGUCAGAGUGUUGAGUAAAGUACAUAGACAUAGUAAGUAUGAAAGAGUCUCUCUGUGCUGUGUGUGCUGUGUGCUCUGUACUCUGUUCUCACUUCUCAGUACUCUGGCAUAGAACGACGACAUGAAGCAAAUCGAUUGCGUGGCAGAACUGUGUAGAGAAAUAGUGUAAGCGUUUGAUUAUACAUCCAUGCAUGCAUAUUGGUCUCUACACUACUACUACUACUAAUUCUAGUGCUGAUAACGCUUAGCAUUUGUCAUUCCGCAGUGUAAGACAUGUUGGAGCAUGAGAGCCCCUGAUAUUGCGAAUAUCCACAUCUUUGUUGCACACCCACGCCCACGUACUUUAUCUUUAUCGUGUAGCUGUGUCUUUUUGAGUGUGUUGAUGGAGAAGGACGCCGACGGCGACGGCGUCGAGGAUGGUAUUGAGAGCGGUGGCGAGGAGACUAAAGAGAACGGGGACUGAAAAGAUCGGAACUCUACGGCCGGUCAGUAGCUCCCUGGCAGUCGGAGUGCGUGGCUGUUUCAAGUCAACCAACUUGUUGAUAGUGAUGAUAAGUUUAGGAUUUAAAAAACGUUGACUACCUGAUUGUCUAUUAUAAGAUACUUUUUAAUAUAAUAUUUUUUUAAGGUGACAACUUAUAAGUUAUCUGUUUUAUUUUCAGUGGUUUUAAUAUUUUUAUAAAAAAAUAUAUAUUAUUUAUAAAUAAAUGAUAAGUUUUAAAAAGUUUGAGGAUACUGAAAGAAGGAAGAAACGAGGAUAGUGAUUUAUCAUGCCGAGUACUCGCGAGCAGAUCGAUUCAGCCGAGUAGUCGAGGACAUGAAAAUCGCGACGCCUGGACGUCGAGUUAAAUUUCACCAGUGUCUAUCCGUUGCCACGCCCGCGAUAACACUGUCAUUAAAUCCGAUGACAAAUGGACCGUGGAUGGACACGGGUGGGCCGAUGUGGAGACAUACUAUCGGUGGAUGAACAAUUCUAAUAGGUUAACGUUUAAAUUGACACUCGGCCGAGUUGAUGCAAACGAGCAGGUUGAAGAGCCGUUGGAUGGAGCGAUGAGCGCUGCCCCCACCCGGGGCCAAUCGCCCCGACGUCAGAGACGCCACCGACAUCGUCAUCGUCACCACCAGCAUCGACGCCGGCAUCAUCACCUGAAGAACAAUAAUAAUAGUAAUAACCACAAUAACAACCACCCGCACGACAACAACGACCACGACGGCGCAUUUCACGAACAGUGUCGGUACUCCUCAGACUGCCCGGAAACUCAAGUGGAUACUCUUGGUGUUGAAAAUUGUAAACAACCUUACGAAGAAGGUGAAACACGUCCGAAAGUAAAUCCGAUUUUUUUGUGGGCUUUGCAGCGAGAACAAAAAAUAGUUGAAGUACGCUGUGAAGAUUAUGACAAGAGGAACAGAAUAAAACUUACUAAAACUCCUUUCGGGUGGAGGUCAAUACCAAGAACUUCUUCAAGUAUUUAUAAUUCUUGCCGAUGUUCUAGUGGAUCCAAUUAUUCUGUCAAUAAAGAUAAGCCUGCGUCCUCUUCGCCUUCAAUCACCUCGAGCUGUGUACCCUGUUCGAUGUCGUUGAAAAGUUCGUCAUCCUCGCCCUCGUCUUACUCGGAGUCAACCUCAUUUUCCUCCAGGUCAUCGACGUCUUACAUGCCGAGUAAAAGUAAAGACACGUGUGUGGUUCCGGAAGUCAGAAGAAAAGAAUCUAAACGAUGUCUUGCUGUCAGAUCUCAUUAUCACGAUCGAGUUUCAGAUGACGAGAGUGACGCUACUCGAAGUUCGUGUAGAAACUCGAGGAUAAGUUUUGAUUUAUCCUACGAUGAUCACAACCACGAAGAAGAAACUGACGAUCGAGAUGACGAUUACGAGGAACGUGAGAGGUUUGACGAUCACGAUGUUCAUGACGGUGAUUACGAGUAUGAAGAUACACAGCACGAGAAUUCGAAAUUUCUUACUCUUUCCUGCGGGAGAACAACACUUGGGUUAAUUGAUUUAGAAGAAGUGCAAAAAGAUUCGUUGCUUCAGCCGCGUGUUGUUUUGGAACCACUUAAUCCCGCAAGAUAUCGGUUUAGUAGUUUGAUUGAGAAUUCUAAGUUGAAUGAUGACAUUGAGAUGGUGGUGGAGGAUGACGAAGUGCUGGAUCAGCAGAUAGAAAGUGUUAAAGAUAUUAAUAAAGACAAUAAAAAUAAAAAUAGUACUGAGGGUGGUAAAAUUGAUGUUAAUUCUGUUUCUGUUUCGGUGGUGAGAGCUGAAGACACCGAGGAAGAAAUAGAAGAAAUAGAGGACGAUAUUAAAGAUAACGAGGAGCUUGAUGAUGAAAACGCUACGGUAUUUGAGUACGACGACCGUGAUUCUGUGGAGAUGAUGGACGACGAAGAGCUUCACGAGCGCGAUGACGACGUACUUGGUCCGGAUGAUAAGCUUCCGGAGACUGGAUUCUACCAAGUUACGAGAAAUGUUCCGACGAAUAAAAUACCAGAGACCUGUCUCGAAGACGACAUCGUUGAGGAAGACAUCGACGAAGUGCAAGAGGAUGUUAAGAUUAUUAACCACAAACCACGAGUACCUGGAAGCAUUCCUCUGCCGGAUCUUAAGCCUAUUAACGACUCUCUUGAAAAGCCCCGUUUUCCUAAAAUGUUGCAGAUAACUCGAACGUGCUCGCAACAAGUACCUCCGAGUCCUCCGUGCUCUGUGACCUGCUCCGAAGACGCGUCGCGGCCAGACCUGGUGAGAAAUGUGACGCCUUCGGUACCUGAGAAACGUCGGCGUGAAGCUCCGGAUUUGAUUGAAGUCAAGCCGACCGAAUGGAGAAGACGAGAAGCUCCGAAACCAGCUAAUCAACUCAGGGAAUUAAUAAGAAAAUCCGGUGGAUCUAUUCCGGAUCCUCUUCUCGUCCCGCGAGAUCGGCUGUCGAGUCUAGCUGCCGCGCCAGCGAUAGAAAUACCCAGGUUGCUUAUCACCAGGCCAGAGUUAAGACUUCCUGAGGCUUUGUCUCAUCCUGAACUUCUCUCCGAUCCCGAUAUAUUAGUAAUCUCACUGUCGCAUCUCCAGCAAGUGUUGGAUGCUGUCCCUGAUUCCCGUUACCGUGUGCCAGAAGAUAAAAAUUUUAAGUCUAAUAAUCGUUAUCAGCAGGGGUACCAGCAGCAACUUCAGAACCACCAGCAUAGUUACAGUAGUAGUAAUAAUAAUAAUAAUAAUAAUAACAAAAAUCAAAAUUCCUACUCCUCGCUACCGACUAAUUCCGAGAAGAAAAGAUUGUCUUGCAAGCCAAUAGGAAGUCUGAUGCCAGCACCAAUGGACUUGUCCCGACACUCGUCCUCGUCUGUAACUCCAGGCCAAAAUUCCAUUCUGAGGGUACGGAGUGGCCUUCUCAGACAGGAAUCUGAAGUAACAUCAACAGCACGAAUUCCUGGGGACGAUUCACGUUUAUGGCAUCCACUUUUUGGCUGCAGGCAAAAAAAUCCAGACAAAAGUACUGCUAAGCUGCAUCAACCCCAAGACGACAGACUUCAUGCUGGUAAUUAUCAACAGCAAUCUCAGGACACUUCUUCCCAUAGAGUGUCUUGGCACAGAACAACUUUGGCGUCCUGACGGUUAAUGGAUAGUAAUUUUAUAAAUAAUAAACAGCCUGCUAAUAAGACAAAGAGAGCCAGUCAAACUCAAGUGCAAUAGUAGUCAAAAAAAAUAAAUAUGAUGAUGAUGAUAAUUGUAGUGCAAUACAAUACAAUAGUGCGUGUGUGGUGAAUAAGAAUUGAUAAAUCAAAGGGAGGUUAUGUUAUCUUGGUUAAUUUGACUAUCAAGGAUUUUUGUUUGAUUUAAAUUAUUAUGUAUAAUAUUCUAUAUAAUAUAUUGUAUAGCAUGGUUUUAUUUUUCACUUACUGUCACUUAAAAGGUUCCCGUGUAACCCACGCGGUAAUAGUAAAUCGUUAACUCUUAAGAGAGUAGUUGCGUGUUGGGAUUUACCGGAGAGUAUCGAUUUCGGUGCAUUGACCCACCGGAAUGAAAUAAGAGAAUGUAA